AUGAAUUUACACGAACGCUAUAUGUGUACUUCAACAAUAGAUUUCUCAAUUUUGGAAUUAUUAGAAAUUGCAUUUAAAGAUAACCCAUUUUUAUUAUUACAUCGUUUGAGCAAAUAUUAUAAUACCGAAAUAAUGAAAAAUAAUCUACAUACAAAACAAUUAAAUACAUUUCGAAUGAUAUUAUGUUAUGAAUAUCAAAUUUUAUUUCAUACACGGAAGGAACAUGUUAAAAUAGUUUCAAGCGAUUUAUGUUUUAAAACUAUUGAAAACGCUUUAUUUAUAAGAAAUCAACUAGAAAAUUUUAUUGAAUAUCCUAUUUUAUACGAUAUUGUAAUUUUACAAUUAACACUUUAUUGUGACCCACAAUGUAUUGAACAACAUUUUACGAAUUUUCGAAAAUUAAAUGCUGAUAUCUUGAAUACUAAUGAAAGUAAAUUUUUGUAUAUGAAAAUACUAGAAUGUUUUGUAGAAUCAUUACAAUUAAAGAAAUAUUUAUAUAAUGGUUUGGAAUCAAAUCUACUAAAACGUUUUAAUUCAUUGUAUUUGAAAGAUAUGACAUUAUGGUUACAAAUGAAAGAAAAUAAAGAAUGGCAAUUAUUUGCUUCAGUUUUACCAAAAUUAAUAAGUACCUUUGGUUCUGAAAAUAUUUUGCCAACUAUAUGGGAUUGUAUUUUAAACAAAUUGGAUGAUAUAAAAGAUUCAUUAAAUGCUCUCAGCAUAUUAACAGAUAUAUGUUUUUCAUUAAAUUCAGAAAAUACUAGUCUCAUAUAUCAUGAUUUAUGUUUCACAGAACAACUAUGGUUAUUAAUAAUACAAUGUUUAAAGUCUUCUGUACAACAAUAUCGUAAACAAGCAUUAUUUAUAAUGAAACAAAUAACUAAUAUGAUAAGUACCAUAGAUGAAAGUGAUCUAAAAUUGAAGAAAUUUAAAAAUACUCCUUUUAUAUGUAAUCAAUCAAUUGAAACAAAAAUAUCAAUAAAUGACAUUAAACAGAAGUACUUCAUAAUAUUGGAAGUAUUGGAGGAAAAGCAACAUCAUUUAAUAUUACCUGCAUUAACUCAUUUAACAAUUUUGGUACAAGGAAACAAAGAACAUGCUAUGUGUAACAAUUGCUUUGACAAUAUUUGGUUACAAGUGAUUUUUGAGAGGAUAUUGUUGCAUGAAAAUAAUAUCAUAGUAAAAGAGGGAAUAUUAUAUGUUUGCAAAUCAGUUGCCUUUUUAUUUGAUGCUCAAUUUUUAAAAUUGUUUAUACAUGUUUUAAAUAAUACAUUUCUAUAUGAAUGUCAAAAUUAUCAACAAGAACCAGAAAUAUUAAAAGAUAUCAUAACAUUAUUUAUGCAUAUAAGAAAGGAACAAGUUGACUUUCUUAAUAAAGUUUUUCAAGUAAUGAAUGAAGAAACAUGGGCUCCAAUACCAAUAUUUUAUAUGAUAAGAGUUUUAAGAAUAGUUUCAAGUAAGGUGUCAAACCAGUGGAAAGAUGACCAACUAAGUUUAAUUAAAUCUUUAAUUCAGAAAAGCCUAAAUAUGCAUUCUCAUAUAUUAAGGAUUGCAUCACAAAUUGAGCUUUUGAAGAUAAUUGUACUUUCUGUAAAAGAAAUUAAUAAUUUCAAAAGUACAAUAAAUAUGUUGUUAGAAUUUCCUUUAGAAGAAAUUUUUAUAAAAAAUUCAUUCUCAUGGAAUAUUGUAAUAGCAUGGUUAAAAAAAGUAUUAGUAAAAGAAGAUGUAAUAAAUUUUAUUAAAUUUAUGUGUGAAGAGCAUUCAUGUCAAAAUUUAUAUUUUAGAUUUAAUCCUGAAAAAUUUGCUGUUAUUGUUGUCAUGUUUCAUGAUGCAAAUUUAAUAUUACAACAGAAAGCAUGUCCUGCAAAAGAAAUAUUAAAUAAUUGGUUGUUGUCCCUCAAAGGGAUAGAGGCAAGACCUUAUGCAAAUAUUGCAGAUAUCUUUUAUAUGGUAGAAUUUAUGUCACAUUUACUUAAUUUAAGUGUUAUAAAAUCUUCUAAAAUUAUUAUACAACUGUUAACUUUAUAUAUUAAUGACGCAUUAAAAUUUUUACUCAAAAACAGUCGAACUGUACCAUACAAGUUUAGUUAUAAAGAAAUACACAGAUAUCUUACUGCAAUUGUUUUAAUUCUUAAUAAUGGAAAUUUACUUUUAACAGAAAAAGAAAUUCUACAUUAUGUUGAAAAAUUCAAAACCGAAAGUAUAAUUAUUAUUCAAAAUAUAAAACAAUAUACAAAUAUGCACUAUGUGUAUGCAUUAUAUAUUUUACAUUAUACUCAAAAUAUUUUAUGUACAAAUCACACAUUAUUUUAUUUACAACCAUUGUUAAAUAUUUGUGACAUUCGCAUAUUUAAUGAUAGUGGAAAUGAAAGAAAAUCUAAUGGAAAAUUAGCAUCAGAUUGUUACAUAUUACUUGCAAAACUUACAAAUCAAUUUUUAUCAAAAGUGGAAAUAGAAUUAUGGCCUCAAAAAGUUGAUUGGAUUAAAAGCAUUUUCUACUUACAUGAAAUGGGAGGAAAUGAUAUUGUUCCAGAAAUAGCACUAAUAUUAGGAACAAUGAUUAAUAAGGGAACAAUAAAAGAUCAAGAAGAUAUAUUAAAUUUAGAAUCUAUUUUUACUCUAUGUUGGAGAACAACUUUGUUGAGUACAAAAAAUAAAAUUUACUUCUGUGCAAUAAAAAAUCUUCUAAAAGUUAUUAUAAACAAUAAUUUUUUGAUAUUGCCCAACAUUAAGAAUUUUGUAGACAAUUUUCUUAAUCAAUUACUCGAAGAAAGUAAUAAUGUGCCAAAAUUGAAGAAUAUCUUAUUAAAUGAAAUGAAGUUAUUAAAUAUAUACUGUUUAAGAUAUCUACAAGAAUCACUAUUGGCAUGUCUUCUUCAUGGACAUGUACUUCGAAAAGAUAAACAAAUAGAGCAUCAAGUCUAUUUAGAUAUUACAAAAAAUUAUGAUAAUUGUUACCCACAACACAUACAGGCAAUAGAUCAUAGUAAUGAUAUUAAUAUUAGAGCAGCUUCUGUUGUUCUAUUACAUAAAAUAAUCAAUGAAGAUACAGAGUUUGCAUCAAUAUUUCUUCCAAAAAUUUUACAGAAAUUGGAUAAAUACAAACAUAAACGAUAUUUUAAUCAUUCAUACAUGCAUAAGAUAAAACAUCGAAUUAUGCAAAUUUUAUUAAUAAUACAGCCAAGACUAACUAAGGAUGAUACUGUAUCAUUACAAGAAUUUCUUUGUAAUUUGAUACUUUUGGAAACUAAUCAACAUAGUGUUCGAAUAAUGCAAGAAUGGAUAUUAAUAAAAAUUUUCUUAGAAAAUGUGGAAUUUCAUCACAAAAUUUGGGAAUUCCUUGAAAAAGGCAUUACAAUGCGUCCUGGAUGUGUUAGUUCCAUAAUGUGUAUUGUCUAUCAUGUUUCAACACUUCUUCCUAAAGAUUUCCAAAGCACUUUUAUUUUAACAGGAAUCAAUUAUAUUACACAUUGUUGUUUAGGGCAACAAUAUAGUAUGCGUCUUUAUGCUCAGAUCACUUUUGUCAAAUUAUAUAAAAUAUUGGAAAAAUUAAAUUCUGAUAAUAUUACAUUACAAUACAAAGCAUUGUAUAAUGCUUCAAUUGCAAAUCUAAAAGAUGGAUUACUAAAAAAUUCAAGUAAAAUUCAAGAUGAUUUCUAUUUAUCUACUUUUCAUCCCAUAUUGGAUUAUACUUUACAAACAAUUUAUUUUGAACUACCUCGAUUGACUAAUAUGGAUGCAAGUGAAUGGAUACUUCCAUAUUUCUUUAAAAUUUUAAAUUUUAAAGAGAUUAAUGGUCAUUCUCUCCAACUGUAUAACUUAAAUACAUCAUUAUCAGAUACUAAAACAUCAUCAUAUUUAAUAAAAUGCUCAGGUGAUACCGAAUUUAAGAAAGAUUAUAAUAUGGGUUCUGAAGAACUGAAUAUACAAAAAAAAAUGAAUCCUUUAAUGGAUGGAUUCAAAUUAAAUUUGUCACAGAAUGAUAUUUUUCCAACAAUUAGAGAAUCCAUUUUACAUAAAAGAAUAUUGGAUGAAGAAGGUCUUAUAGUUGUAGCAUGUCUUAUUAAUAGGAUUCCAAAUUUAGGAGGACUUGCUCGUACUUGUGAAAUUUUCAAUGUCAAAGAAUUAGUUAUUGCAAACUUAAACCAAAUUAAAGAUAAAGAAUUUCAAAACCUUAGUGUAUCAGCUGAAAAUUGGAUAACUAUUACAGAGACAAAACCAUAUGAUUUACCUAAAUAUUUAUUAAAUAAAAAGGAUAUGGGAUGGUCUUUGAUAGGAGUAGAACAAACAGUAAAUAGCAUAAAUGUGCUAGAUAUGAAAUUUAAAAAGAAAACAAUUCUUGUUCUAGGAAAUGAAAAGAAUGGAAUUCCUGCCAACUUGAUACCAUUGUUCAAUACUUGUAUAGAAAUACCACAAGUUGGUGUGAUUCGAUCAUUAAAUGUUCAUGUCAGUGGAGCUAUAUGUAUAUGGCAAUAUGCAAAACAACACAUAUUAAUGUGA